AUGGGCAGCAAGUCCCUUCUGCGGUAUGAUGCUCCCUGGCCAAUCUUCACUCUAGACUGGUGCAACUCCUCUGGCGCUUACCCUUCUACAAAGGCCUCCCAGACUCACAGACUCGCUCUCGGCUCCUUCCUCGAAAGCUCACACAAUGCUCUCCAAAUCAUCGGCGCAGCCAGUGACACGCUCGACGACUACUACCCGCCUUCCUCUUCCUCAGAGUACUUCCAGCAACAGGACUUUGUCCUCCUCGCAGAGACGCAGCAUGGAUAUCCAGCGACGAAGCUGCUCUGGGAACCGGCAGGGGCGAACGGGCAUGCGUGGAAGUUCAAGCCGAGGUUAGAGGCGGAGCUCCUUGCUACCAGUGGCGAGGUUCUCAAGAUCUGGGAAUAUGAUGCUCAGGGAGGGGGGAGAAGGCCUGCAGCGGGGUACGUCGGUCGUGGGGCUUCAGGUGUCCCCGGGAGCCUGAGGGAGGUGCAGAAGUGCUCUAGCGCUAAAGGAAACAACGUCCCCGCGCCCCUUACAAGCUUUGCGUGGAACGCCAUUUCCCCCUCGCUGAUUGUCACCUCGUCAAUAGACACGACCUGCACCGUCUGGGACAUCACAUCCAACAGUGCGAUCACGCAGCUGAUAGCGCACGACAAAGACGUGUACGACGUUGCCUGGCUCCCGCAUUCCACGGACAGCUUUGUGAGCGUCGGUGCUGACGGUAGUCUCCGGGCGUUCGACCUCCGGAGUUUGGAACACAGUACGAUCCUGUACGAGUCACCGCCCCGCGAGCAAUCUCGAGGAUCGGACGAGAUGGUAGUCACACCCGCUACGCUGACCGGGGCGAGCUCAGGCCGGUCUGCGCCGCCGUUAGCGAGGGUUCAGUUCUCUCCUACGGAUAGCAACUAUAUCGCUAUGUUCCAUCUGGAGAGUAAUAAGGUUACCAUCAUCGAUAUGCGUACUCCUGGCCGGCCGUUGGCGGAACUGGUCGCCCAUGGGGGGAACGUGAACGCGAUCGGGUGGGGGCAGUGUGAGGCUAUGAUCGCCAGUGCUGGGGACGACCACCAGCUCCUCCUCUGGGACCUCUCAUCCAGCGUCAUGUCCCCACACCGUGUCGCCCCUACAGACAUAACCAAUCUUCCCCCUCCCGGAGAAGUGCGCGACCCCGUACUAGCGUACACUGCUCCGGGGGAGAUCAACAGCCUGGCGUGGAGCUACCCAAUGGUAGGCGGUGUGUGGGGCCAGACGCCCGUCGAGUGGGUCGCUGUUACGGAAGGGAGGAGUGUGAGGGCGCUCAGGGUAUGAUUGACUGGGAGAGGUGUGGGAUUAGCUGUACGAAUGAUAUCUUUUGUUGAUUU